UUUUGUGGACAGAAUGUUUAAUCUCCUCUUAUAAUAAAGCGUAUUUCCUCUUCAACUGAAUCGCUAGAUGGCGAUGUAACGAUGUUUUAUCAAACAACAAUAUGGGUUCUCGCGAGAUUAUACGCGCCGAGCUCCCGUGCUAUACAUUCUUGACUUCCUAGCACUUCUUUUUAAGACGACGUUUUCACGGAAUUUGCAUUACUGCACCACUGAAACUUUGUUUUUUGAAACACUUUUGCCAACAAUUUUUCGACGUUACUCAAGAAUGGGGACAGACGUUAGCAUGUAGCUAAGUUAGCUACCAAUUGAUAACACCAGGAAGAAACAGGCGAGCCAAGUUCCAAAUGUCGUGCACUUUGGCUUCCCCAGGAAUGAACUGCAACUUGGAAAAGGUGCUGGCAGAUGCCAAGUCACUGGUGGAAAGGCUACGUAACCAUGACAAUGCUGCAGAAAUGCUGAUCGAACAGACAACUUCACUGAACAAGCGAGUCGAAGCGAUGAAGCAGUACCAGGAUGAGAUUGAUGCCUUGAAUCAGGUUGCUCGACACCGCCCUCGCUCCAGUUUGAUUCUCGGAAUCCAACAGGAAAACCGCCAAAUUAGAGAGCUUCAGCACGAAAACAAAGAACUACGGACCUCGUUGGAGGAGCAUCAAUCUGCUUUAGAGCUCAUUAUGACCAAAUACAGGGAGCAAGUGUUCAGGCUGCUCAUGGCCAGCAAGAGAGACGACCCGGCCAUCGUGUCCCAGCUGAAGGAGCAACACACAACGGAAAUGCAGGCACACAUUGACAAGAUCAAUGAAAUGGCCUCUGUGAUGAGGAAAGCGAUAGAAGUGGAUGAGGGGCGCAUCUGUGAAGAUGAGGAGAGGAUUAAGCAGCUGGAGAUUGAGAAUCGGGGUCUCCGGGAGCUACUGGGGAUCAGUCGUGAAGCCUUUCUGCUUCUCAAGAGAGAAGACACACCAGAAAGCACGUCGCUGUCGCCCCUUUUCACAAGCACUGACAUUAGCUCAAGGAAGAGCUAGAGCCCUUACUCCUCCCUUCACUGCUGCCACUAUUGUGUAUAGUUUGCACAGCCUGUUGCCACACACCUUCUACCCCCUGUCAGACUUUUCCAAUAAUCCCUCUUAGUUUUGAUGCUCAGAGCUGCAAGAACAAGCAGUGAGAACACCUUAUUCCUCAUUUGUGGUACUUCUACUUUGCCAGCAUGUAUUUGCCUGUGGUGCCUGCUGUGAUGUUGAGAAUGGAUGAGAAGAAGAAAGGCUUGAAUCCAAAUAAACCUUGUCAUUUAUUUCCUUGUGUUAUUUGAUUU